AAUAUUAAUAAUAACGAUAAUACUGAUAUAUCGAUGACUACAUGUUCACCUACUUUACCAUCUGAUAACAGUCAGUUUUCAUAUCAAUUAGAAGCUCUUCGGUAUGAGGAAAGGGUAUUAGUGGAUAACGUCAAAUCUAACGACAAAUUAGGCGAAAUUGUGAAAAACAAAUUGUCGUCAUUGGGUCUGACAGCUCAAGAAUCAGAGAAAAUCAAUUUGCAUUUCGAUGAGAUAGAGAAAGUGACACUACUUUUACUGUCUAUCAGUGCCCGCCUUCAGCUAAUCAAUACACAAAUUAACGAAAAAAGUCACCAACAAAGAGGUUCACCAAUUGAAUGCCAAUCAAAUGAUAAACAUUUUGAGAUGACAUCAUUGAAAACACAAAAACCAAAUGAUUUACAACUAAUUGGAGGCGAUAAACAAAACGCCUUAUUAUCUAAUAGUAAUUUAUGCGAUCAGUUGUCAGCAUUGGUGUCCAAACAACAGAAACUAUUAGUUCAGUUAGAAGAAGCUCUUCAACUAAGAGUUAGUAUUGAUCACAGAAGUCAAACCAUUGAGGAGAAGAUUAUUAGAAAAUAUUUUAAAGAUUGCGAUAAUUUUAAUGAGUUCUUAGAGUUUACUAAAUUGAAAUCAAAGUUAAUUAUCGACUUACGACAAGUCAGAGAUAAGAUCCAAUUGACAGAAAAACAGCUUAAGUCAUGAUCUUUCGGGAGGAAUGGCAGACCAAUCACAACUAAUUAAGUUAUAUAUA